GACAGUUGCGACGCAGCGCAAAACAUCAGCGGAACGGUAAUCGAGAAGGCGGUUGGAAAUACUGUCUGGAUAAAUAAACGCCUGGAUCUGAGCCGAAUCAUCUUCUAGUCAAUCAGGAAGAUCUCCCGUUAUGUCGUCGUCAUUUGAGCCCUCAUUGUCCACCAGUGGCAUGCGCCCACCUCUGGCAUCGGCGGACGCGCCCUCCAUGGCAGACUCACUGCCUAGUAUAAAUUUUGGAUUCGAGGACUUGCGCAACCGCAUGGCUCAGUUUACUGCUCGCUUCGACGCCUUCAUUGAACGGGGCAGAAAGCAGGUCUUGGAGGAGAGGAACCAGUUCAAAAUAGGGCUAGCCGAGCUUCAAGAGGAUGAGCGAAUGAAGCAGAGAGACAUCGAGAUACUAAGCCUCAAAUCGCAAACCCACGAACAGACUCUCCAGAAGGAAUCGGCCGAGGCUGCUGAAAUGCAUGCGUCGAUCUCCUCCGUGACGUUGGAGCGCGACUCUCGCCUUUCCAAACGUGAUCGACUGAAGCAGCAGAUUGAUGAAACGCAGAAGGCUACAAGCCAGAGAUUAGAAGCCCAGAAAGCUCACGCAAAGUACCUAGAUGCGCAGUCCCGUCUGAAUGUCCCGGAAUUGGAAUUCUGGCAGGAUUACUUGUGUCUUCGAAUCGAGGGUGCUGGGAGAGAAGAUCGCUUGAAAUUUAUUUACAGCCAUUUAUUGGAGAAGGACUGGGAAGCGGAGGCAUGGUUUGAGCUAGGCACAUCGAGCCGUGAUUACGAGGUAUUUCAUACGCGACCGAAGUUGGACAGGGAGGCUCUUGAUCGAGAACUGGAUAUUAUGAACGAGGAUCGUGAUUUUGGUGCCUUCCUGAAAAGGAUGCGAAAACUCUUUGUUGAGACCAUGAAGUAACUGUUGGGUUGGCCAGCAAUAAACCCGCAGGAAGCCCUUGCCUCUCAUUCCUGUUAGUGCAGUAAAUAGAUGCCAUGGAUCAAUGUCGGAAACAGCGAAAGCAACUUAUCGCAACAAUUUAG